AUUCCGUUUCUCAUCUUACUGCAAGACAGUUUCAAUAAUCCUCCUCAAAUCUCUCUAAUGGCUCGUACUAAGCAGACCGCCCGCAAGUCCACCGGAGGCAAGGCUCCGAGGAAGCAGCUCGCCACAAAAGCCGCAAGGAAGUCAGCUCCGGCCACUGGCGGAGUCAAGAAGCCCCACCGUUUUCGCCCUGGAACCGUCGCGCUUCGUGAGAUCCGCAAGUACCAGAAGUCUACCGAGCUCCUGAUCCGCAAGCUUCCGUUCCAGAGGCUCGUGCGGGAAAUCGCGCAGGAUUUCAAGACCGAUCUCAGGUUCCAGAGCUCGGCCGUGGCGGCGUUGCAGGAGGCGGCGGAGGCGUACUUGGUUGGACUGUUCGAGGAUACUAAUCUCUGCGCGAUUCACGCAAAGAGGGUUACGAUUAUGCCCAAGGACAUUCAGCUCGCGAGGAGGAUUAGGGGUGAGAGGGCUUAGAGGAUCCGACCCCGGGUAGGAUACGGGUGUGGAUCCAAGUAUUAGGGUUAUCGGAUCGGAAGAUUUGUUUAACGUUUACGCUAUGCAUUAGGGUUAUGAUUUUGUAAAUUUCACUUUGGAUUAUCCACUCAUUCAAUGGUUUUUGUCUUCAAUCAAAUCUUCUUUCGUAUUUUCUUA